AUGGCCAUAUCCAUCAGCUCACCCCCCAAGAUCGACGAUGUCAUCGUCACCGCGCCGCGCUCGCACAUCCUGCUCGUCACCAUCAACCGCCCCAAGCAGCUCAACUGCAUCCGCAACGACAUGCACUUCCAGCUGGAGCGCCUCUGGGCGUGGUACGACGCCGAGCCGUCGCUGCGGUGCGCCAUCAUCACCGGCAUGGGCCGGGCCUUCUGCGCCGGCGCCGACCUCAAGGAGUGGAACGACCGCAACGCCCACCCGGAGGAGGCGCCCAAGAAGACGCCCGAGAGCGGCUUCGGCGGGCUGAGCAACCGCCGCGGCAAGAAGCCCAUCAUCGCCGCCGUCAACGGCCUGUGCCUGGGCGGCGGCAUGGAGAUGAUCAUCAACUGCGACAUGGUCAUCGCCACCGUCGACGCCCGCUUCGCGCUGCCCGAGGCUGCCCGCGGCGUCGUGCCGAUUCAGGGGGCGCUGCCGCGGCUGAUCCGCUCCGUCGGCAUGCAGCGCGCGUCCGAGAUGGCGCUGCUCGGCCGCAUCUACAAGGCCGACGAGAUGCUGCGCUGGGGCCUGGUCAACCAUGUGAUUGUGCGCGGCGGCGACGUCGUCGGCGAGGCCCUCCAAUGGGCCAUUGAGCUGGCCAACAACUCGCCCGACUCGGUCAUUGUGGCUCGCGAGGGCCUGCAGGCUGGCUGGGAGGCCGAGAACCCCAAGCAGAGCACCGACCGCAUCCUGGCAGAGGUCUAUCCGCAGAUGGACGGGGGAGACAACAUGACGGAAGGCUUGCGGGCCUUUGUCGAGAAGAGGAAGCCGAUCUGGAAGGAUAGCAAGCUGUGA